AUGUCCUACACUGAUGAAAACAAGAAAAUCAGAGGUUUUGUACAUCAAGCUCCAGAAAAGAAAAUCAGAUCGCCACGUCGGUUACAAUAUGAAAAGAAGAGCAAGAUCAAUAUGAACUCUACUCAAUGUUAUUUUUCAUUUUACAUUAGCUUUGACGUGGCCCUUUCUGGUAUCCUGACAGAAGCUGAAAUUGCUGCUGGCCUACAGAGCUGUCAAGCUGCUGAUUCAUUCGAUUACAAAACCUUUUUUGUCCAAGUGUGUCUCAACUCCAAGUCCAAAGACCAGCUCACCAAAGUAUUCAGAAUUCUUGACCAGGACAGGAGUGGCUUUAUUGAGGAAGAUGAACUGAAACUUUUCCUGUAGAAUUUCUCAGCCAGUGCCAGAGCUUUGACUGAUGCCAAGACCAAGGCUUUCCUGGCAGCAGGUGAUAGUGAUGGAGAUGGUAAAAUUGGAGUGGAUGAGUUUCAAGCUCUGGUCAAACCUUAA